UUCAACCGCCAAAGCCCCAACCAAAUCAACCCACAUUUCAACUUUUUUCCUGUGCCCAGUGGCAACGAAUAUCCCCUCCACUAGCGCGGCCAGGGCCAGGCUUCGUUAGGUAGCCAUGGCGGACUGACUGUGACUUUGAUUCUCUUCCCAUCCUUGUCUCUUUCCGUUUCUUUUUUCUUUGUAAACAUCUCUUCCGCCGGAGGAACAAACAAACAAACAAAAAAAACGCCUUUCCACUCGCCGCCGCCAAUGGCGUCUCUCUCCAGCCUAUGCUCCUCCUCGCCAUCUCUCAAGCCCACCAAGCCGGCCGCUUCUCUCCCCAAGACCAUCCUCAACCCCACUUCCCUCCCAUUCCCCACUCGCUCCACCAAACCCCUCGCCGUCGCCGCCCAAUCCGUCGCCCGCGAGAUCGCCGCCGACUCUUCCAAGUCCGUCCCCGCGAAGCCGAAGAAAGGACUCGAGAAAGAUCCACAGGCGCUGUGGAGGAGGUACGUUGACUGGCUGUAUCAGCACAAGGAGCUCGGGCUCUAUUUGGAUGUCAGCAGGAUUGGUUUCACCGAUGAAUUCUUCCGAGAGAUGGAGCCUCGCUUUCAGCAGUCGUUUGAUGCCAUGGAGGAUUUGGAGAAGGGCGCGAUUGCUAAUCCAGAUGAAGGCAGGAUGGUCGGUCAUUAUUGGCUGAGGAAUUCGGAGCUCACUCCCACUCCCUUUUUGAAAACGCAGAUUGAGAGCACGCUUGAUCGCAUUUGCUCCUUCGCUGAUGAAAUCGUCAGCGGUAAGAUUAAACCUCCAGCUUCGGAGGCUGGCCGUUUUACUCAAAUAAUGGCUGUGGGGAUUGGGGGCUCUGCUCUUGGACCACAAUUUGUUGCGGAGGCUUUGGCUCCCGAUAACCCUCCUCUCAAAAUAAGGUUUAUUGACAAUACGGAUCCGGCUGGAAUUGAUCAUCAGAUUGCUCAGCUUGGCUCUGAAUUGGCUUCUACCCUUGUGAUAGUGACUUCUAAGAGUGGAGGCACCCCUGAAACUAGAAAUGGUCUGCUGGAAGUACAGAAGGCCUUCCGCGAAGCUGGUCUUGAUUUUGCUAAACAGGGUGUUGCCAUAACACAGGAAAAUUCAUUACUAGAUAAUACAGCUCGAAUUGAAGGGUGGUUGGCUAGGUUCCCUAUGUUUGACUGGGUUGGUGGCCGGACAUCUGAAAUGUCUGCAGUUGGCUUACUCCCAGCAGCGCUUCAGGGGAUUGACAUCAGGGAAAUGCUUACUGGUGGAGCAUUAAUGGAUGAGGCAACUAGGAGCAGAGAUCUUAGGAAUAACCCAGCAGCUCUACUAGCUUUAUGUUGGUAUUGGGCCUCGGAUGGGGUAGGAUCCAAGGACAUGGUUGUCCUUCCAUACAAAGACAGUCUACUGCUAUUUAGUCGAUAUCUGCAGCAGUUGGUCAUGGAAUCUAUUGGGAAGGAGUUUGACCUUGAUGGUAAUAGGGUGAACCAAGGUCUUACAGUGUAUGGAAAUAAAGGGAGUACAGAUCAGCAUGCAUACAUUCAACAACUGAGGGAUGGUGUGCACAAUUUCUUCGUAACCUUCAUUGAAGUUCUGCGUGAUAGGCCCCCUGGUCAUGACUGGGAACUGGAACCAGGGGUUACAUGUGGCGACUAUUUAUUUGGAAUGCUACAGGGAACUAGGUCAGCUCUAUACGCUAAUGACCGGGAAUCUGUAUCAGUAACAGUUGAAGAGGUCACACCCAGAUCAGUAGGGGCUCUUAUUGCACUCUAUGAACGAGCAGUUGGAUUGUAUGCCUCACUUGUCAACAUCAAUGCCUACCAUCAACCUGGCGUGGAAGCUGGGAAAAAAGCAGCAGGAGAAGUAUUAGCUCUUCAGAAACGGGUUUUGGCAGUUCUGAACGAAGCAAGCUGUAAAGAUCCUGUGGAGCCAUUGACGCUUGAGGAAGUAGCUGACCGCUGCCAUGCCCCAGAGGAUAUCGAAAUGAUAUACAAGAUCAUAGCCCACAUGGCAGCAAACGACAGAGCGGUGGUUGCUGAAGGCCACUGCGGAUCGCCACACAGCAUCAAAGUUUACCUGGGGGAGUGUAAUGUGGAUGCGUUGUACUAAGACGAAACUACAGCUGAGUAACAUUUCUUUAAAUAGCCAUCUUCGUCGUCCUGAAUGUGUUGUGACCAGAAUAAGCUGCUGUGUUUUGAACACUUGUGCAUGCAUUCCGAGAAAAAUGGAGCAUUUUCCCAUCUCAGCUUCUUUCAUUUGCCUUGGAUAGUGAAUGAAUAUGGAUACUGUGACUGGCAUUGAGUUUCCAGUUUCCCCUUGUUCGUUCUUCUGCUUUUUUUCUCGCUCCGAUGUUCUUUGCAUGGGGCGCCGUAUUCCUGUGACAGUUGAGUGUGUGUUCAGAACGCUGAAAUGACCUCGGGAAGUCAGGUGAUGGAGAUUGGAUGCCGGUCAUUGUGGCUAAAGGAGAGCGAGCUAGCCACUGAAGCAUUCGGCACUGAAAAUCCACGUUGAACAUAGUGUUUAUCAUUUCGACUUGCAGCCCUGUCGAAACCUAUCCUAAUGAGUUGGAUGUUUGGGUGUGUGUUCUCUCCAAGAAGCCGAGAAACAAGUUUACAGAAGAAUGAUCAAAUCCAAUUCGAUUGUUCUGAUAGAGUUGUGUCAUUCUGCAAAUAAAGAGUCUGCACAGCUUUGACCUGUAGGAAGAAAGUGAAAAGGAGGGAAAAGCACGAUGAAGUUUUCAAGUUAAAGUUUUUGGGUAGGGGUGGCCGUUCGGUUACCGGUUACCGGUGAACCGGCCGGUUAAACCAAAAUAACCGAACUUCGGUUGGUUAUCGGAAGCUGGACAAAAUGAUUUUUUGGGUAUGUGAUAGAGUAGUGCUAACACACCGUGAACCCUAUAGGCUGUAGCGAUGCUUUGCACCCAUUUUCCAAGAGAAAAAUAAAGGAUCCAAGCUAUUGGGCGGAGAGCUUGUUUCUAUUUACAAGUGUAGCGUAUUUGGUCAAUUAAAAAAUUCUACAUUG